UAUCAUAUCAUACACAAACAAAUAUCCAAGUGCCAGCCUUUCUAAGCUGUACAUUCAUUAUCAUAUCAUCAUAUUCAUUCACAUCAUUCUUCUCUAUUAUCCUUCUUUUUUUUUUUUUUUUUGCAUCACUUUGCUUCAAAAUUGUUGUGAAAGAUUCAUGUGUUUCAUCACACUUCACGUGCACAAAUAAUCCAUUGUUUCAUAGUCAAACAAUCAAUAGUACAUUUCUUCAAAUGUUCUUACCAUAAUCUUCUUGCUUAAUUUUUCUGUUCUUUCUUCAUCAUGUGUGAAACCAAGACUCACUCAUCAUUUUGAGGUAAACUUUUGUUGGUCAAUUCAAGUGUCAACAAAGUUUCUUUUCAUUUUUGUGGUUUGAUAUUUUUCCACUUUCUUUUCUAUCUUUUCUUUCUUCCAUAUUGCUUUUCCACUAUGUAACCAAGAUAACAUAAUUCAACCCUCUUCUAUCAUAUUCAUGAAUUCCAUUUUUUUUGUUUAUGCCAUAUUGCUUUUCCACUAUGUGGUCAAGGUAGAAAAUCCACCUUAAAAAGUUGUUUUUGUUUUUUAUACAAACUCAUGUUAAAACAUGUAUGGCUAUGAACAUGUUUAUGUCCUAUUUCAACCCUCUUCUCUCUUGUUUAUGAAUUCCAUAGUUUUUUUGCUUUGCUUCUUUAUGAUAUAUAAAUACCUCAUAUAAGAACCAAGUAAUUUCACAAAGGGUGGUUGAUGAGUUUCUAGUCAAACAAUUCUUCCUCACAUAGAAGUACUAGAAUUCGAACCUUGACUACAACAAUUCUCGGUCAUACUUUACUUAUCUCCGAACUCUAAGACCGAAAAAAAUCCUCAGAUAAGAAUUGGCUGUUGGAGUAGAACUACAAAACCAUGAGAAAUCAUUGGCCUCUUUUCCAUAUUGUGAAUACCCUAUGGUUAUGUUUGUGUAUCAUACUUUUGUCAGAAGUAGUUUUGGUUUCGGCUAGUAUUCAACGGAUUGGAAAGAUCUCACCUGGAUUUGAAGGCUCUCAAAUGAAUUGGAUUGAUAGGAAUGGAAAAUUUCUUGUGUCAAACAAACAAGAAUUUGGUUUUGGCUUUAUCACAACUUCAAAUGACAACACAUUGUUUCUACUUGCAAUAGUCCACAUGGAUAGCACAAAAGUUGUUUGGACUGCAAAUAGAGAAUCUCCUGUUUCUAAUUCUGAUAAGUUUGUGUUUGAUGAAGAGGGUAAUGCUUUUUUACAAAAAGGAAAAAAUUCAGUUUGGUCAACAAAUACAAGUGGCAUGAAAGUUUCUUCAAUGGAAUUACAAGACAAUGGAAAUUUAGUUUUGCUUGGAAAUGAUAGUAAUGUGAUUUGGCAAAGUUUUGAUCAUCCAACAGAUACAUUAUUACCAAUGCAAAAAUUCACCAAAGGAAUGAAACUUAUCAGUGAACCUGAUUCUAACAAUUUCACCUAUGUCCUCGAAAUUGAAUCACAUUCUGGUAAUGUUCUUCUUUCCACAGGUUUACAAUCUCCACAGCCUUAUUGGUCUAUGCAAAAUGAUAUCCGAAAAAUACCUAAUGAAAACGGCGACGAGGUAAAUUUUGCAACUCUUGAUGCAAAUUCAUGGAAGUUCUAUGACAAAAGGAAAUCAUUGUUGUGGCAAUUUAUUUUUUCUGAUGCUGCAAAUGCAACUUGGAUAGCAGUUUUAGGAAGUGAUGGCUUCAUAACUUUCACCAAUCUUAAAAAUAAAGGCUCAAGUGGUUCAUCGACAACAAGAAUACCUCAAGAUUCUUGUAGUACACCACAACCUUGUGGACCUUAUAACAUAUGCAUUGGUGACAAAAAAUGCAGUUGCCCUUCUGUUCUUAGCUCCAGUCCUAGCUGUGAACCGGGUUUUGUUUCGCCUUGUAACUCGAAAAGUUCCGUUGAGCUUGUUAAAGGUGAUGAUGGACUCAAUUACUUUGCACUUGGAUUUCUUCCACCUUCUUUGAAAACCGAUUUGAUUGGUUGCAAAAAUUCUUGCAGUGAAAACUGCUCAUGUCUUGCUAUGUUCUUUCAAAGCAGUUCAGGAAACUGUUACCUUUUAGAUAGGAUUGGAAGCUUUGUGAAAACUGAUAAUGAUUCUGGCUUUGCCUCUUACAUUAAAGUCUCAAGAGACGGAAGUAGUGACACAGAAACAGACACAGCAGAAAGUAGAAACAGGAAUGUGCAGACAAUAGUUGUUGUGAUCAUUGUAAUAGUAACAUUGUUUGUCAUUUCUGGCAUGAUUUAUGUGGGACUAAAAUGCUCAAAGAAAAAGGAAAAUUUGCCUGAAUCUCUGGUCGAGAAUUCAGACGGUGAUGACGAUUUCUUGAAGAGUUUAACUAGUAUGCCGAUCCGUUUCAGCUACAACAAUUUAGAAACUGCGACGAAUAACUUCUCGGUGAAGUUAGGUCAAGGUGGUUUCGGUUCGGUAUAUAAAGGAAUUCUAAAAGAUGAAACUCAAAUAGCUGUGAAGAAAUUGGAAGGAAUUGGUCAAGGGAAGAAAGAAUUUAAGGUUGAAGUUAGCACAAUUGGAAGCAUUCAUCACAAUCAUUUGGUAAGGCUUAAAGGUUUUUGUGCUGAAGGAUCUCAUAAACUUCUUGUUUAUGAAUAUAUGGAAAAUGGUUCAUUGGAUAAAUGGAUAUUCAAAAAAAAUAAAGAAUUAUCUUUGGAUUGGAACACAAGGUACAAAAUUGCAGUAGGAACAGCCAAAGGACUAGCUUAUUUGCAUGAAGAUUGUGACUCAAAGAUUGUUCAUUGUGAUAUUAAACCAGAAAAUGUGCUUUUAGAUGAUAAUUUUGAAGCCAAAGUUUCCGAUUUCGGUCUUGCGAAGCUCAUGAACCGUGAACAAAGCCAUGUUUUUACAACAAUGAGAGGAACAAGAGGUUAUUUAGCACCAGAAUGGAUCACAAACUAUGCUAUAUCAGAGAAAAGUGAUGUUUAUAGCUAUGGAAUGGUGUUGUUAGAGAUUAUUGGAGGAAGGAAAAACUAUGAUCCUAAAGAAAAUUCGGAGAAAUCGCAUUUUCCUUCUUUUGCUUAUAAGAUGAUGGAACAAGGGAAGAUGGAAGAUUUAAUUGACUCUGAGGUGAAAAUAUGUGAAAAUGAUGUGAGAGUUGAGAUUGCUUUGAAUGUUGCAUUUUUGUGUAUACAAGAAGAUAUGUGUUUGAGGCCUUCUAUGAAUAAAGUUGUACAAAUGCUUGAGGGUCUAUGUGAUGUUCCUAAGGUACCAAAUGGGUCUCCAUUAGGUUCUAAAUUUUAUUUAAAUUUGCUUAGACCAACAAGUGAGAGUGGGACUUCUUCAGAACCAACAGAGGUGAAUAGUGAUGCAUAUCUCUCGGCUGUUAGACUUUCAGGGCCAAGAUAACGGCGAAACACACAUAUACUAAGGGUAGAGAAGUGAGAAGUUGUAGGUUCGAAUUAAAUGUCCUUGUAGUCUUUUACCGUCUAAGUUGUACUUACGGGAUGUUGUAAUUUAUUUUCAUUAGUAGUAUUUAUUUCUUUCUUUUUGGUGUUAAUGAGGAAA